AUGGUCGCUGCCACCAACGGGGUCGCCAAGCCCACUUUCCUUUUCACCUCCGAAUCCGUCGGUGAGGGUCACCCGGACAAGAUUGCCGAUCAGGUCUCCGACGCCAUCCUUGAUGCCUGCCUGAAGGAGGACCCUCUUUCCAAGGUCGCUUGCGAGACCGCCACCAAGACUGGUAUGAUCAUGGUCUUUGGUGAAAUCACCACCAAGGCUAGACUCGACUACCAGAAGAUCAUUCGUGACACCAUCAAGGACAUCGGAUACGACAGCUCUGACAAGGGCUUUGACUACAAGACUUGCAACGUCCUCGUCGCUAUUGAGCAGCAGUCUCCCGACAUUGCCCAGGGUCUCCACUAUGAGGAGGCUCUGGAGAAGCUCGGUGCUGGUGACCAGGGUAUCAUGUUCGGUUAUGCCUCUGAUGAGACCCCUGAGCUCCUCCCCUUGACCAUUCAGCUCUCCCACAAGCUCAAUGCUGCCAUGAAGCAGGCCCGCAAUGACGGCUCUCUGCCUUGGUUGCGCCCCGACACCAAGACUCAGGUCACUGUCGAGUAUGAGCAUGACAAUGGCGCUGUCGUUCCCAAGCGCGUUGACACCGUUGUCGUCUCUGCUCAGCACAGCCCUGACAUUACUACUGAGCAGCUCCGCAAGGAGAUCAAGGAGAAGAUCAUCCAGAAGGUCAUCCCUGCCAAGUACCUCGACGACCGCACCAUCUACCACAUCCAACCCUCUGGUCUCUUCAUCAUUGGUGGUCCCCAAGGUGAUGCUGGUCUGACCGGCCGUAAGAUCAUCGUCGACACCUACGGUGGCUGGGGUGCUCACGGUGGUGGUGCUUUCUCUGGCAAGGACUACUCCAAGGUCGACCGCUCUGCUGCCUACCUUGCCCGCUGGAUCGCCAAGUCUCUCGUUCACUCCAAGCUCGCUCGCCGCGCCUUGGUUCAGCUUUCUUAUGCCAUCGGUGUUGCUGAGCCUCUGUCGCUUUUCGUUGAGACUUACGGUACCUCUGACAAGACCUCCGACGAGCUUGUUCAGAUCAUCCGUAACAACUUCGACCUCCGUCCUGGUGUUAUCGUCAAGGAGCUCAACUUGACUAACCCCAUCUACUGCCAGACUGCCAAGAACGGUCACUUCUCCAACCCCGAGUUCACCUGGGAGAAGCCUAAGACCCUCAAGUAUUAA